AAUAAAAGACAUAAUAUCGUAUACCAAAUAUAACAAUUUCUAACAGUAUAAGAUAGUUGUGACUUGACAUUAAUAUUUUAUAAUAUUUUUUUACCAUUAAUUUUUUAUUUUGUCGAUUGAUAUUGGUGACGUGGGCCACAAAAAAAUUAGCCGUGGGCCACAUGCGAUCCGUGGGCCUCGUGUUUGACAUGCCUGAGCUACAUCAAACAGUUUAUAAACAUUGAUAAAAAUUAUUUUGAUAUUCACUUUAAAUAGGUACUGAGAAAUUAUGUUUAGUUCAAAUAAAAACAAUAUUGAUACCACAGAAUGUCAAGUUAUUGAUUUGGAUGAUAUCGAAACAGACACUGAAAAUUACUCAGAUAAUGAGUUGCCACUUUCUUCAAUCGCAAAUUUUUUACUUCCACUUGAUAAUCGUACAAUUUUCAAAAUUAAUGAAGACGAUUCAAAGUCCACUAAUUAUCAAUCGGAAAUAAACAUCAAUAAUGAUUGCAAAUCUAAAAUAUGUCUUAUAUCUAACCAAGAACAAAAUGUAGUGGAUAAUCUUGUGAACCAGUAUAAAUGUGAUAUUUGUGGUAAAAUUUUUCGUAAACGUAGUCGUAUUAUUGAACAUUUUCAAAGAAGUUUAUGCUUUCCAGAAAAUUAUUUUAAUUUUGAAAACAAUAGUUCCAAAUAUCAUAAUAGCUGCAAUAAUACUGAAUAUUCAAUAUUACAUAAUGGUGUAAAUAGUUUAGUAACUAACAAUAUAAAAGAGUCUAACAAUUGUAAAAUUUGUCAAUCUGUAAUGCAAAAUAACAAAUUAUUAAAAAACCAUCAAAAAUUGCAUACAAAUAAAAAUAAUUUUGAAUGUGAUAUUUUUUCUAACUAUGGUUUUACAUGUAAAAAUAUUCAUAGUAUGAAAAAACAAUGGAAAUGUCAAAUUUGUAAAAAGUCAUUUAAGAAAUUGUCUAUUUUAAAAGAACACAGACAUAUUCAUUAUAAUAAUAAACAAUUAAACUAUGAUAAAUGCAAUGAAUCAACAAAACAUUUAAAUUCUUUCGAAAAGCAUAAAAUAAUUCAUACAUCAAACUGUGAAGUAUAUCAUCAACCAUAUUUUGGGGCAUCAUCAUUUACUGCACAAAAAAUAAUUCACAAUUUAAAAAAUAAUAAUCAGUGUAAUGUUUGUCAAAAGCAUUUAAAUUCAAAAUCUAAUGUAUUCAAACAUAUCAGUAAAGUAAAAAACUUAUCUAAAAGUUAUGAGUGUUCAAGAUGUUCAAAGAUGUUUUAUAAGCGCUCUGAAAUAAUAUCACAUAUUUUUGAAAGUCAUCAAGAAGACUAUGCAAAAUAUAGUUGUGAUACAUGUUCAACCUCGUGCAAGACUUUUCAGGACUUCAUUUUACGUUUUGAAAAAAAAAAAUUAAAAUGUGACGUAUGUCCUGAAUCAAAAUUUACUUCAUCUCAUAGACUUCAUCAGCAUUAUAAAUGGCAUAUCGGUAUAAAUCAUUUCAAAUGUCAAUAUUGUCCUAUAACAUUUUCAAAAUAUCCUGUUUAUUUAGCUCAUGAAAAAACUCAUAUUGAAGAAAAACCAUUUAGAUGUAAUUUUUGUGGUAAAUGGUUUCCGGUGUCGUCCAAUUUAAAUAUUCAUUUAAGAUUUCAUAAUCAAUUUAUGAGAAAUAUUCGUAAAGAACCUCAAAUAUCAACAUUAUUACCUCAUGAUAAUCAUCCUAAUAAUAAUCAAUUAAUAAGUAAGAGUGGUAAUAAGAUAGACAGUUUCUCAAAUAAAUUAAACAAAUAUAAAUGUGAUCUUUGUAUGCAAAUAUUUUACAAUCAAUCUCAAAUCUGUGCUCAUAUUUUAGAAACUCAUUAUUAAAAUUAACACUAUUAUUUAAUAGAUAUGUUAUAUAUAAUUUUUGU